AUGAGUGUAGCUGAGCCAUCUGUAGCUAGCCGCAAUGUGAUGUGGAUUCUCAUUCCAUCUUUAAUCAUUGAUAUGUUUGCAUUCACUUGUAUUCUACCAUUAUUUCCCAGCAUGCUAAAUUAUUACGCUAAAAAUGUCGUUUUUUCAGGUCUGCUUGGCUCACUAUUUAGCGCUUUGCAAUUUUUGGCAUCACCAACUCUCGGGGCUCUUUCUGACGUCUAUGGUCGAAGAACGAUGCUGCUAGCUUCUGGUAUCGGUACUAUGAUCUCUUACAUGAUCUGGCUGCGCGCCGAGACAUUUACCAUCUUUGUUCUUAGCAGAAUUGUUGGCGGACUCAGUAAAGCCAAUAUAAAUGUGGCCACAGCUAUUGUUUCAGAUGUAUAUAAACCUGAAGAUAAUGCCAAAGGAAUGGCUCUCAUCGGCAUCUCCUAUUCAGUCGGAUUUCUGAUUGGACCUAUGUUUGGAGCUUAUUUUUCCACGAUUGCGCCAAAGGUGGGGCUUUAG